AAGGCACAAAGGAGCUGUGGGGCGACAGCGAGUGGGUGAAAGCGAACAACGCUAAUGAAGUAAUUACAACAAUUAAUUUAAUUAUGAAUUAAGCGAUUGUCGCUGUUGUCCUGACAUUUAUGGGCAGUUCAAAGGCUGCUCUAGGGUGGGGCGAUGGUAGCUUACCUCAGUUUGUUUGGUCAACAUGUUGACAAAGGACAACGAAGGACGUACGCAGGUACAGUGCUUGGGAAUGCUUGGAAACGCUUGGGGUUCGCGUUAAGCCAGCGGGAAGCAAUGGAAUCUCUUUAAAAGAGAGCAAAAAACGUUGGCUAGUUUUCAUGAAUUAAUUUUUCAAAAGUCUGUGCACUUUAACCCACAAGUGCCUCAGCGUAUUUGCGUCUAACCGCAGAAUCGGGAAAUGCUUUCAAAUAUUAUUCAUACGCCCCAUGCGACCGCAUAUAAACCAACAAACGAGUCCCUGCGUGAGUGUCCAUGUUGUACUAAUGAGAACUGACACACACACACACACACACACACACACACAUGCCUAUCGCGCUACAAAUAUUAUCCAGAUUUUCACACCUUGUCCGCUUGUUUCUGGUUUCUGGUUUUUGGUUUUUCCCCUCGCGAACUUGCAUAAUUGAAAUAUAAAAUAAGCCAAUUAAAAUUAAAAUUAUUGCCACGCAUUAUGGCCUGUGGCAUGCCAGAAACAACCCAUCCCAUGCACACCCUAGGACGAUGGUAGACACUGGAUAGUCGUUGCAUUUAUUGAAAAUUACUGAAAAUGAGCAGCGGGGGGAGUUGGCUGCUGGCUGCAAUUGUUGAUAAUUUGUAAAUUAUUGCACUGCUGAUAAAACCGCAAGGCGGCAAAUGUAAACAUGUGAACACAUGUCGGGCUAUUUAUUUGUUCAAUAUGCCCUUAAUGAAGUCCCAUAAUCAGAUUUUAAUUGCUUCAAGUUGCAAGAAUUUAAAGUGCCACGAAAAGGGCAAAUUAAAGUAUUCCGAAUGAAUGGAAAACUAUUAACUAUGAACAUACAAUUCGUCUCCCCGCCAUAAUAAUAAUCACUAAAGAGCAUCAAAAAUGUUAUCGGACGCGUAAUUGCUUCUUAAGUGCUUGAUUAGGCGAGCAAGUAAAUAUAUUAACAUUCAAAAGAAGCGGCCUUCUGGGAAGUGUGGCGGGGAUUGUGGCUGACAAGCGGUUCUAACGAACUAUUUGGUACUUACACCCCGGCGAGGGCAGUGUGGGUUUGAGGAGAAGUUUGUAACACACAAAAUAAAGGAUUUGCGAUCACAAGAAGUCGUUUAAAUAUAUUCAUUCUUGGGCAUCCACAACAGAACCAGAAAAAGAGAAUAUGAAGAUGGCAGAAACGCCGCUUGAAGGCCUUGUUCCUGUGGCUAUAAAUAUUUAUGUUAAAGGAACUAUCGAUAUGUUAGAGUAUUUAAGCUUCAUCAUCUUCGGCUAUGUUCUUCUUUUCUAUCAGCAUAAAUGACACUGGUUAUAGAUGGCGAUUGGGAUACACCUAGUUGGUAUUCCACCCGGUUAAUCUUUUCAUAGUAACGAGUAAUCUGCAAGCACCACACAGAUAACGUCAAUUCACCAAAAACCGCAUUUAAUAUUGGGCUAUGCGGGUAUAUAUAGGUUUCCACAGUUGGUCAGGCAUCAGUUGUAAAACAAAAAUCGCCACUAAGUAGGUACUAGGGCAAGAUGAUAAGUGUUCUGGCCGUAGUGUCGCUCUGUUGGCUGGCGUUAGCCAGGUCCAAUGCGGAACUUGUCUAUCAGCAGGAGAAUGGAUUUAGCAUGGCGAACUAUGAGCGACUCAUGGAUCUGCGUCCAUUGGGUACGGAGUUCUUUCGCCAUUUCGGGAACAUUUCAGAGGCAGAUCUGGAGCUCCUGGAGGGGCGGCUACCCAGCCAGCAGGAUCUGGUGUGCCUGGCAGACAUUGCCCAACUUAUGCAGGCGCUGACCUCGGGACGCUUGUGGGCCCUCAGCAUGAUUGAUUCGUGGGGAACCAUACCGUCUGGCUAUCUGAUGGGAAAUCGCAUCGAUUUGGGCAACUACGAUCAGUGCAUCAGGCUGGACAAGGCUGUAGCGGAUGGACACAGCAUUCAAGGGAAAUACUGCUUCUUGGAGCUGCCUGUGGCCAAGUGGCUCGGCUUCGACAUGGAGAUCUUGAAGGAGACCAACAUGAAGACCGCUGUGUGCCUGCCCUCCUCCUGCUCCGCCGCGCGUAUGGAGACCUUUGUGGGGCAGCUGCUGCAGCGCCUUCUCGGCGUCAGCAAUGCCAACACGAAGUUCUCCAUCGACGAGUCGAGCUGUAAGACAGGACAGAGCAAAUCCUUCGACAGCCUUACCAUUGUGACUGUUGUACUGCUAUCAGUGUUUGCUUCUGUGAUGAUUAUUUGUACCGUCUACGACUACCUCCGCUGCGGGGAUAACUCAAAACUACCACCCCGUAUAGUCAGUGUAUUCUCUGCCCGUGCCAAUUCCCGAAGUCUAUUUGCAAUGGUGGACAUCAAAUCGAGUCCCAAUGUCAUUCAUUGCCUGCAUGGCAUACGCUGCAUGUCGCUUAUUUGGGUGAUCUUUGGCCAUGAGUUCAUCAUCGCACUGAUAUCGCCAAAUAUCAACCAAAUGGAUGUACUUCGAUGGGUGCAGCAAGCAUUCAGCAGCUUCAUCCUGUACGCCCCGUUCUCGGUGGACACUUUCUUCUUCCUCAGCGGCCUGCUGCUGGUUGUGAUUUCCUUGCGCUUUCUGGACAAAACAAAGGGCAAGAUAAAUGUGCCAAUGAUGUAUCUGCAUCGGUAUUUACGCCUGACACCGCUGCUGGCGGUGGCUAUUCUCGUGUACUGGAAACUCUUGCCCCACUUGGCCGAUGGACCACUGUAUGAGCAGGUCGGCUUUGCGGACUAUUGCGUGUGUGAGCGCACCUGGUUCUGGACGCUGCUCUAUGUGCAAAACUACGCCACCAAGGAGACGUGCAUUACUCACACUUGGUACCUGGCCGUGGAUAUGCAACUGUAUAUCAUAUCGCCAAUUCUGCUGAUUGCUCUUUAUAGAUGGGGCAAGAAGGCAGCUGGCGGCAUUCUGCUGCUCAUGCUGCUGCUCUCUUCGUGCCUCUUCGCCACCAUGUUGAUCAACAACUACAAAGUGCUCUUCAAAAACGGUGGCCCGGAUCAGGAUGUGCAGCGGAAACUCUACCAGGCGACACAUAACCAUGCGGCGCCGUGGCUGGUGGGGCUGCUCUUUGGCUACUUUCUGCACCUGACCCGCGGCAAACAGUUCCAGUUGAGUCGCCUCAUCGUCUGGGCCGGCUGGCUGCUCAGUCUGGCCAUGCUCUUUACUUCAAUCUUUGCCAUGUACCCGUACGCCAAGUGGCUGGGACCGUCGCCAACGGUCUUGGCGCAGGCCUUCUACUACACCCUGACCCGCAUCGGCUGGCCCCUGGCCCUCUGCUGGGUGGUCUUUGCCUGCAUGCAGGGCCACGGAGGCCUGGCCAACAGCUUCCUAUCCUCGCCGCUCUGGCAGCCACUGUCGAAGCUCUCCUACUCCGCCUACAUCUGGCACGUGUUCAUCAUGGAGGUUAACCACAGACGCAUACGCUCGAACUCGCAUUUCACAAACUUCGAUAUGAUGCUGGCCUUUUGGGCAACCUUUGGCUUCACCCUGCUGAUGUCCUAUACGUUCUACAUUGUCAUUGAGGCGCCCUUGGCUGGCCUGGAGUCUCUCCUGCUGCCCACUCGCAAGCCCAACUUGAAGCCGAGCACAAGGCCAGUCGUCGCCACGGACGCAGUCGAAGCUGUCGUCGCCGCAGACGAAGCCAUCGAACCUCAAGUGGAAACAAAGCAGACUGACUUGGAUCUGUUCCCUACGGAGACUUCUAAAGAAAGCGUUUAGCAGCAAUUAUUAUUUGAAUCUAAGACUUUAACACCAAUCCACAGCUUAAGACUGCUGCCUGGUAC